CAGAAAUGUAUUUAUUUCGAAGUGCAUAGGUUUCGGAGUCCUUUGGAAAAUAUAGGAAAGACCGAAAUCGGUCUAUAGUUCCUCGUAUCAUUCUUAUACCCCUUUUUAAGGAUAACGAUCACUUUAGCAAUCUGAAUUCUUCUUGUAAAAACGCCCGACGAUAAACAAAUAUUAAAAAUAUGAGUCAGGUACUGAGACAAAAUAUCUAGCACAUAUACAAUUGGUCGUAUUAGCGGAGUCCCGUUUUAGCAUGCCAUCAACAUCGCACGAACAGAUAUUCUUAAGGGAACUGAAACAAGUGCGAAACUUCUUCCUCCACACCAGAACUUAAGAACGAAGGAGAGUUUGUCUCAGGCAAAAAUUCCGAAAAAAAUUAUCAUAGGGAGGUCAACCGAGAAUGUAGGCUACCUAAACAGUGGUAGUGGGAUGAGGGACCAGAAAUAUGGCAGAAAAUUAGUUUUUUUUUUUUUUUUAACACAUGCGUGCGCAGGAAAUGUACCACGAGGUUAGGUUGAAUGAACGUUCUCAUUAGUCAAGGGUGGCUCUUUGUCCUAAUAAUCGAAAAAGCAAACAGUAGAAUGUUUUAGUUCGUCUAUUAGAAGGGGAAGGAGCUUUGUGAAAAAUCUUGGUAAUGAUGCAGUAAGGUACAACCAAUAUUGAUAAUCAUCCAAGGCAUACUUUAGCAAAAUGUGUCUAUUUUUACUUUGGGAUAAACCUUUACCUCUCUCUCUCUCUGUCUGCCGUGACAGUAUCGGUUACAAAAAGAAACGAAGUUCUUGUUUGGAAGGAGUAAAACUCGCGUGACGAGUCAUAACACGCUCAUUGUCCGUACAAAUAAUGAAUAAAACGGUGUGUGGAGGAUCCUUAACCACCGGCAAGUUAAGGAAAGAAACUCCAGCAAUUGAGGUGUCCCAACACGCGCGCCCCAGUAUUUACAUCCUCGUAUAGGCGGCGACCUUAAUGCGGCAUCGUUCGGCGAAGCACGACGCCGAGGUAACCCUAUACACCGGAGCGCCGUCCUCAAAUCGGAAGUUAUGCACCAUUAAAUAAACUCGCUUCGCGCCGCAUCCAGGACCUGGUCGCGGCGUUCAUUAAACGCCUGCGUAGGGGAGGGAAGACGAAAGACGCGGUCAAGGCGAAGCUCUUGCUCACUUGCCGCUCGCCCGCUGUCCCCUAGGGAAGAAACCCUUUCCCUGUCCAGCCGUAUAAGCGGCUCCUCCGAUGACAAAACGCACAACCGCCGAAUCGCCCGUAAGGUCUCCUCGCCUUCUUGCCCCUCCCGCCAGCCUCUAGCGCUCAUCGAGAUUCCACAGCGACUCCUAGCCGAAACAAGCGCCGGUCGGCGAAACGAGCUGCGUCCCUCCGUCGGCCAUCCGUUGCGCGGCGCAGCACCACUCGCUGUGCCGAGCCCUCCGAGCUGCGAGAUCUCUCUCCGCCGAGCGGCCGGUGAGCGACCUUGCCGCCUCUAAACCGGGAAACAAAAACUGGUUUCCUUCACCCUCGCCUGCCCUCUCUGGACACCUCUAAUACAUAUUUUCUUUUAUUUAUUUCGCCGUUCUCUGGGAGAACGCCGCCGUGCCGACGGCACUCCCCCAGCUUCAGCUGAUCCUCCUCGCCUGAGCGGUAUCCUCAGCAUCACCAUCGCCGAGUUCCUCGGGCGGCGGCGUCUGCUCCAGAACUCAGUGGCUGCAGCCAACAGGUUACGCGUGGACGACCGCUGGCGAGCAGCGGGAGCAAGCGAGCGGGCAAGAGGCGACGUGCUGUGCGCUGCGUUGUUCUUUCUCCGUGCCAUUGGCUCUGUGAGCCAGGAACGUUUUGUGUGCCGGCGUGGAAAGUGACUUCAGUCAUCGCCCGUGGCCUCUCUCGUAAUCUUUUCCUUUUUGACCGCACCGGUGCUCGCGUCGUCCUCGUCGAAGAGAGUGAGGUUCUCGGAUCGGUGUGGUGACCGCGCGCUGCCAUACAGUGCCGGCCUGCUCCGAAGAUUGGGCGGGCUUCGUUCGGUGGUUGUUGAACCGCUCCAGACCCCGUUGACCUCCCCGCAGGUCCGGGGGCGUGUGCUUCUCUUCUCGGGGCGGCCUGUGCGUUAACCAGAGGCUGCUCCGUACGCCGAAUCACUACCGCCAAGUGUGACAGGUGAUCCGGUCACAAACGGUUUCGAGGAUUCUUGUUUCGUCUUGGGUAUGGAAAGGCGCUGCUGACCGGAAACUACCUCCGUCUCAGUCAUGCCGUGCUGACACGAUGGCGCAGCAGCGCAGAGAUCCUGCUCGAGGAACAACAGUGUCAGUAGACCGCCAAGGCCAGUGGUGAAGACAGUGAGGCACGAAUCGCUUGCCAGACGCCACCGCAGCUCGUUGGAUUCCCACGGAAUCUCACGGUCGCGGCACUCCUUUCAAAGGAGUAACCUCUCGGCCUGCAUCGUCUUACAAAUCGGCGAUCCGCGAUGGCGCUCGGACUCGACUCGGCGGUGCGGUGGCUGUGGGCUGUGGUGGUCGUGUUUACGAUCGCCGCACUCGGGUCGGCUCAGGAGAGCCGCUUCGUCACUGUGCCGUGCGCCAAGCUGUUCACGUCCAUGGCGCCCAUGCUCAAGCCAUGCUCUUGCUACUUCGUCGGGCCUCCUGACAACGGCACGGGAAUAAACUGCGACAGGGUCGCCUUCCAGGGCAACUUCCCGAUGCUCCCGUACCGGCAGCGGAUCCACCGGUUCUCCCAGCGCCACGCGGGCGUCCAGGACCUCGAGGCGCAGCUGUUCACCGCGAGCGGCGUGCCCCUGCGCGUGCUCGACCUGUCGCACAACCGGGUGCGGCGGCUGAGCGAGCGGCUGCUCGAGGGCGUGCACGGCUCGCUGCAGGAGUUGCACCUGGGCUCCAACCUGCUGGGCGACCAGCUGAGCCCCGUGUUCGCCACCAACGAGUUCCGCGCGCUGCGGGAGCUGCGCCUGCUCGACCUGUCCGACAACCGGAUACAGGGCGUCGACUCGGCCGUCUUCAAGGGGCUCGACAAGCUCGAGGUGCUGAACAUCAACGACAAUGACUUCGAAGAAGUACCGGCAUCGAGUCUGGUCGACCUUCCCGCCCUCACAUGGCUCAGUCUCGACGGGAACCGCAUACCCGAGCUCACCAAGGACUCGUUCCCACCUUUGGAGGCGCUGCAGACAUUGAACCUGACCAAAAACAUAAUAUCCCAAAUCGAAGAAGGCGCCUUUACCAACAUCCCCAGAGUACAGGUCCUCUACUUGGGCUCCAACAGAAUCAAGAACCUUCCCGCCACCGCUUUCGACGGGCUGCAGCGUUUGACCACGCUCGAUCUGUCCAACAAUUUUAUGGUCCACAUUCCCACCACGACUCUGCGUCGGUUGCCCGCUCUAAAGAUGCUUACGAUGAGUUCCAACAAGAUUCGUUCGUUCAGCGGAGCGGCGCCGUCCGACCUCAAGGGGCUUGAGUACCUCGACCUGAGCCGCAACGAAAUAUCGCAGAUCGAGCCGGGCAGCUUCGACGGAAUGAAGAGCCUCAGGGCACUGAGGCUUGGCGUCAACCAGAUUCGAAAGGUGGACGUGGCAACCUUCAGAGGUCUGGUGAGCCUCGAGGCCAUCUACCUGGAAGACAACCAGCUUCUAGUCUUUCCCUCUGCACUGCUCGGCUCUCUGCCACGACUUCAGAAGCUUCACCUGGAUUACAAUCGGAUAGCUGUGCUCUCGCCCGGCGUACUCAGCGCUGGUGUCAGCAUUCGAGAGCUGUCGCUUGCGUACAACCUGAUCACAGAGAUUCCCAACGGCACCUUCAGGGACCUACAGUUCCUCGAGACGCUCAAUCUUCGUGGCAACAAAUUGAGUACAAUUUCUUCGGGAAGCUUAGACGGACUGCGGAACUCUCUGAUGGCGUUGGACCUCGGUGACAACGUAAUUGUCUCGGAGGACCUGAAGCUCGAGUUCCCCAACUUACAGUUAUUAAGCCUCGGCAAGAACAAGUUGACCUCCAUACCAGCAAACGCAUUCUCUACUCUCAAGAAGCUCAAGAGAGUGGACUUGAGUAACAACCAGAUUCGCUACCUUCCUGCAGGUCCCUUGGCGGCACUCCGCGAGCUGCAGUUUCUCGAUCUGGCCUACAACAGCUUGACAGACGUGAAGAUAGGGGCGUUGAAUAACCUCGUCGAACUUCAAGAACUUACGCUCAAGAGCAAUUUCAUCAAGGACAUGAACACCAUGGCCUUUCUUAACCUUACGCGUCUGAAGACGUUGGACUUGAGUUACAACAGGUUGAGUGGAAUACGAACUGGCACUUUUGAUCAACUCCCCGCGCUAAGAAGGCUUAAGAUCAACAACAACGUUUUAAACUCUUUCAAAGCUGAGCUUUUCGCUAAAGAAACUUAUAUAGAAGACCUCAACUUAAGCCAUAACCAAAUAGCUUACCUUUACCCCGAUUCUUUUACUAUGCACCCAAGGCUUCGCAAGCUGGACAUCAGUCACAACAAACUGUCUUUUUUUCCGAGCGAAAUAAUUCGUUCUAUUUGGUCUUUGGAAGUUCUCAAACUCGGAUACAACAAACUUCACACGCUUGAAGAUUCGGAUUUUGCUGACUUGCCUAGGCUCAGGCAUUUGGAUCUUGAACAUAACCAAAUAGGUAGCGUAGGUGACAGGGCCUUCCAAAAUUCGACCCAGUUACGCUAUCUUGAGCUUCAGCAUAACCAGAUCUCGCACCUUGGUGAUAGGCUGUUUCAAGGAAUCAGCCAGCUGAACCUUGAUCUCAGCUACAACCACAUGAGCUCGCUUUCUCCCGACGUAUUUAGUCGACUUCGAGACUUUAAGCUAGAAAGCAUCAACCUGGCCCAUAAUGAGUUUAGCACCUUCCCAACUGUAGCUUUGAGAAAACAGUAUUCGUUCUUAGAAAAGGCUAACUUCUCCAACAACCACAUUGAAGACUUCCCUUCGAAUGCAGAUGUUCUCGUAAAUAUCAAAGAGCUCGAUGUGUCGAACAAUCCUCUUACUACAAACGCUCACCACGUUUUACUCGCCGAGCCCAAAAGCGUGCGUUUUCUACACCUGGCGAAUACCGGCAUACGGAGCUUGCCGCUGAUUGAAAGCCCGUUCUUGAGGCUUCUCAACUUGUCCGGAAACAGAAUAUCAGCGCUAUCGCCUAAUAACUUUCAAAAAACUACCCUCCUAGAAGUUCUAGACUUGUCUGGCAACGGAAUACCAAAUCUCAGCAUCGCCACAGCUGGUGCUUGGUCGAAUCUGAGAAAACUGAGAAAAUUAGACCUUUCCGACAAUCCCAUAUCAUAUUUGGUAAACGGAGACCUUCAAGACCUGAAGAACCUUGACGAGUUUAACUUCUCGCGGCUUCCAAGACUAAACCACAUCGAGUGCGAAGCUCUGAAUCCUUUGUCCAGGCUGACUAAGCUAAAUCUAUAUGGGUACGGGAACUUGCAGGCUCUGAAGACUCGAAAGUGCCUAGAGCCUUUCGAAGGCCUUGAGAGCCUCGGCAUAGAAAUUAAGGACAACGUUUUCAAGGAUCAGCUCCAGAAAGUGUACAGCCCUCGCUUGAGUCACCUUUAUGUGACUGGAAAAACCAUAAACGGGCUGUCCUCGAGUGCAUUUGCCGGGAUACGCGGCCGCGAGUUGCGGGUCACCAUUUCCGACACGAGCAUCGCCGACCUGCCGACGACGAUAUUCCUGCCUCUGCCGCUGUCCACUAAACGCUUUGUGAACGUGAACUACAAUCAGAUCAAACGGAUCAAUCCUCAGCUGCUGACUGCACUGUCCAGCAAGCAGGCCUUGUUGAAGAUCGAAGGAAUCCAGCAGAACCCUAUCACGUGUGACUGCAAUCUGAUUCCACUCUGGCGAUGGAUCCAAGAUCACAAGACGACGCGCGAAGACGACGACGAGGGCAACAACGCAGCGCUCAUCGACCUGGCGUGCGCCGAGCCUCACCACCUGAACAAGAUCCUCGUUGUAAACCUGCAGAUGGACGACCUCUUCUGCGACGAUGAAGUCAAUGAGGAGGAGAACGAGGAGAUGUCGGCCACGUCCAGCCGACUCAGUAAGGUAACCACAGCUGGAGGUGUGCCAACGACGCGGACCUCCACCACGCCGAGCAACAACAACAUCGUCCGCAAGACCUCGCCUCCCCAUCGGAAGGAGCCCGACAUCAUCUUCGAGGCGCCAACGACAGCGCGUCCCCGCCAGUCGAGCGGCCAGAGCGUGCUCACCAAGGUGGACACGAUGAUAAUCGGCAUCGUGGCGGGCGUGGUCGCCUUCGUGUGCAUUCUGAUCAUGGUGAUCUGCAUCGUGCGAUUGAGGCGCUCGCGGCCGCACGGCCACUACGCAUCCACUACGGGGCCUAUGCCCAUUGUUAAUGGGCACCCGGCAAAGUGCACGUGCCUCAAGCCGCCGCCUAGCACGUGCACCUGCUUCCCGCCGUACGCGGUGCCCCUCGCGUACCAUCCGGGCUCGAAGAUGAUGGGCCCACCCUCCAUGUACAACACCAUGUCGCGGUCUACGGCCUACUUCGGGACAUACGAGAGCGACGUCGACCACCGGUGAUGGCGCUCCAUUGCGACGACGCUGCUGUGUGUGUUUGUUCGCUGUGAGACUGCGUAAGAACCAAGCCACCAGUGCUUAUUCCGCAUGCGUUUAGCAAAUGAGGCGGAUAACUCACGUUGACGCCGCUAGCUCUUGUGCGUUCUGUGAGACUGCAAGAAAAUCAAGUUUCCGGUGCCUGCUGUGUGUGUGUUUAGCAAAACCGGCGGAGAACUUGCUAUUUGUAGAAACAUCGGAGACCUGCGCGCGUGCAAGACUCUAACGCCAUGUGGAUGUGACUCUAUUACAUGGACCACUAAUAUUUGAUGAAGUGGAAAUAUUCUAUAUGAUAGCAGCGCUUCCUACAGCAGGAACAUGUACGACACGCUUUACAAGCAGCGACGUAUGCAGCGCAGUGGCCUUAUUUUGUAAAGAUUCAUUUAAUUUUCCAAUUUUAAGUCCUUAUUAACCGUCACCACGAGUAGCGGAUUCUGGCGACCAUGCUAAUAACUAAGGAUGAUAACAAUAGAAAAUAACUUGCUCCUUACAACAUACGGCCGCUGAAUAGAGUCACUAUAUACGUGCAUUAUAUUGCCCACGCAGCCUUCGCAAUCGUACACAUUCUGGUCUUCAACUGGACUUGCCACAGCCUUUCAAAGCAAUCCGUUUGCACUCUUUCGUUCUUCAAUGAACGACCAAUGGCGUAAUACUUUCUGUGGCUAUAGUACAACAUGCCGUACAGCACUUUCAUAGAAAACGUAGUUAUGAACACUAUCUGAGAUCAGCGUUCGACACGCCCGAGGUUCUAUCAGGCAUUCGAAAGAAAGUUGGUGGCCUAAGAAUUUGUGCAUCGAAAAGAACGUAUACCAGGUGUUUCAGCGAACACUUUCGAAAACAUUAAAAAUCGCCUGUGGCAGAUAGCACAAUUUUAGAUGAUAAGCUGGUCUACUGGAAGAGGCGGACAUUACU